AUGGCUUUUAUCUAUCCCGCAUGCACGUAUGGAGUCUGCAUUUCUUCAGCUGACAUGAAAGUUUGGAGUUUCCUUUUCCUCUUCUUUCCGCUACUGAGUCCAACCCUCGGAGAGGACACAGUUGCAGAUGACAUCGGUGUCCAUCAGCUGGAGCGUCUGGUGGAGCUGCUGACGUCUGGGGAGUGCGAGGACCUUCUGUCCGCCCUCUCUCGCCCAGAGGAAAACAUCUUCCAGCGCGUCCAGCGUCUCUCCCCGCAAACGAAUCCACUCGACCCUCGAGCCCCGAAGCCUCGAGCCAAGAGAGAGGCCUCACCUGCCGCAGAUGAUGAGGCUCGGUGCCGCUCGGCCCUGACGGACUGGAUGCUGAGGCACGGCCAGCGGACCUACUACGACAGGCUCUCCCGCGCCUUGCAGCACGUCGGCAGAACCGACAUAGCCCUCGAGGUGGGGAAGAACAUCAACCAGGACAAAGCCCUGAAGAUUAAACGCUACGUUGAAGAUUACCACAAAUAUGUCAACUCUUUAAACAUCCCGGGGGAGCAACCAGACUCAGAGGACCAACGGCAUGACGCCCCCCACACGGUCAGAAAAAGAAGAGCGAGGCCUCUGACAGCCCGUGACCUGGAUCUGGUUGUGGAGCGCCCUCCUGUCCCUGUGUACCAGAAGGGACUUUGGGAUGUAGCUCUGCCCCUUUUGUGGGGCAUCCUGCUGGGCUUCGGAGGGACCUUGGUUUUAGGAACCUCCAUCGUUCUCGUCGCCGUGCACAUCUGGCCUUGAA